UAUAUGUAGUAUGUAAACUUCUAGUAAUUGUUGUCGGAUGAUUUCGGGGGACCAUUAUAUGGUAGUCUCCCCAGGCCCCGUGUCCCUCUAGUCGCUAUGGUGUCUUGUUGAUCAUCAACUUCGGCAAGAAGUCUCAAGCUUUUUCUAAAUUGUUUGCCAUGAAAACACCGUAAAGCGCCAUUGUUUUAUUGGAAAGGUCGCAACUUGUACUAACAUGUGAUUCAGUUAAGAAAAUUAAGCUUGUUAACGUAAAUCCAAGAAGAAAGCUGAUUGGAAUCGCCGGGCAACCAUAACAUUUUGAACGGUGUCAAGAGAAUUUCGCCGCCAAAAUGAGUGAACAACUCAAAUAUAUCGUGGAUGAGCUUAAUAAAGAGCCGUUCAAGAAAAACUUCAACCUUAUCAGUUUCGACUCCCUUCAGCCACUUCAACUCCUACAAGUGAUGAAUGAUGUUUUUGCUGUCAUCGAUCAACAGCACAAGAUAGACCUACGUGAUGAAGAACCAGAGGCUACUGCCAUGCGCAUGUUUACCUUUUUGCGAGUGCUCAAGUAUAAACCCAAGACAGAGUCAGGCAGUCUUAAUGCAUUUCGGCAAGGCCUUAUCCAGGGAGACAAGCCUGUCAUUUAUCCCAUCCUUCAGUGGUUGUUUGAGCGUCUGCCAGACCUGCGCAAGCGUGCCUACCUGGCUAGAUACUUGGUGCACAUGAAUAUUCCUGCUGAACUCUUGCUAGAUCAGGAACUUGCAGAUGCCAAUGAGGCUUAUGUUGGUAAGAUAGAGGAAUUCAAGGAAGUCCACAAGGCAGUGGAGCAGUUACGCACCUCUGGAUUUUCCACUGGAGAAAUUAAAAAGGAUAUUGCGAACAUGGAAGAGGAGCAUGAACAAUUGAAGAAAAGAAUUGAUAGGAUGCAAAAGAAGGUGGAGAGUGUGCGCAAUUAUGAGCAGAUGCUUCUUGCAGCAAGAAAUCUUCGUGUUGAGAGGGAGAAGGAACAAUCCCUGGCUCAGCAAAAACUGGAGCAGAAAAAUCAGUUACUUCAUGCAGACCAGAGGUUCCAGCGGAUGAACCAACAACUGAAGGAUCUCAGAGCACAAGGCAUUGGAACCACAGGGGCAGAUUUAAUCAGAAGACUUGAAGAAGAAAACAAAGUCAAUAUGUAUCUCUGUCAAGAUAAACUGCCUAAGGAGAUUGAGAGCAAGCAGAAGUAUGUGCAGGACUUGCAGAAAGUUGCUAAUGAGCCGGCCAUGGGUCACUCAGACCUUGAUGAGCUCAACCUGAAGAUCAAAUCUGUUUCCUCCGAGAUCAAUUCUCUUAUUGAGAAACGAAUGGUGCGAAAUGAUCCUAUUGAUGACAAGCUUUCACUCUUCAGACAGCAGGCCUCCAUCAUUGCGCGUAAGAAGGAUGCAGCUGCUGAGAAAUUCAAAGAAGCCAUGGACGAGCUGGCGAGUGUUGAACAGGAGCUGCAGAAGAAAAAGGAUCUUUUAAAGGAGAGUGAAGGUGCCGAGGUGCUAAAAGGAGAUGAGUUCAAGAGAUAUGUAAAUAAACUUCGUGGCAAGAGUACGGUGUACAAGAAAAAAAGACAGGAGCUUGCUGAGCUAAGGGCUGAGUAUGGAGUUCUCUCAAGAAGUGUAGAAAUUCUGAAAACGAAAGAUGAGAACCUGAACCAGCAGUUGGCUGGGAUUGAGGCUAAGCAGGGAGUCACGGGAUAUCACGAGACCCAGGAAGAGCUAGAGAAGGUCUCCACAGUUAAGAGCGAGCUAGAUGAGCAAAAAGGCAAAACUCUAGAAGAGAUCUCUCAGCUCGUGGCGACCAUGAACGCUACUAUUGCCGAGAAGAAGAGUGCACUGGCCCCAGUUAUCAAGGAGCUCAGGCCCAUGAGGCAGAAAUGUCAGGAGCUGAGCGAGGAUUACGAAGAGAAAAAAGCCCAAUAUGAGAACCUCGCCACCGGACUGGACAGCAACCUGUCCAAGCUCGACCAGGAGGUCCGUGGAUUGAGAGAGGAGAUCUCACAAGAAGAGAGCCGCUACCAUUACUUGCAUGCCAUGAUGAAGGUCUUGGAGAUUCAGCAGAAGCGUAUUGAUGAUGAGAUGAAGGCGUAUACUGCCCAGGACCAGGCGGACCGCAAGAAGUCUUGGAGAGAGCAGUAUACAAGGAAGAUACAGGAGCAAGAAAAUCUCGGCAAGGUACGAGGAGCCUUCGCGAGAAGCAGAAAGCCGUCCGAGAGAGUCAUGGGCCUAACAUGAAGCAGAUGAAGAUGUGGACGGACUUGACAAGGCUUCUGGAAUGCAAGCGUAAUUGCUUGCAGAAGGACUCGCAAGGAGAAGCAGAAGCCACGGCCACCUCUCAGGAGGGCGAGAAUAUGCUUGUUCUGUAAAUCCUCUAAUACAUGAUGUAUUAUUUAAACGGGGCGAAGGAUUUUUUACUAUGAAUUCACUACCCUUUAUCUAAGUCAAACAAAUCUUCAUUUCACAAAGUCAGCACUAUGUAUAGGUCUAUAAAUCCAUAGUGUGAGCUAUCCAGUCUUACAUAGAUCUGCCUCGGAUCAUCUUAUGCCCACUGAGACUGUGACAUCUCGAGCACUGCAGCUCUUAUUUAUCCAGACUUGCAACGCAUGCAUAGAUGCAAACAAACUUGACUUUUGAAUUCUUGGUGUUGAAAAUUAAAAGAACUUUUACAGUGGGUGUACACUGA